UAGUUCAACUGAAAAUCAUGGUGCUUCUCUGUCUGCUCACCUGUGUUCUGCUGGGGGCACUCAGUGCUCAGGCAGAAGUGGUGCAAAGCUUUCAGAACUGUAGUGAGUUUUUCUAUAAGGGAAAAGAGCCAACAGGGAUGGAUGAGAACGCUCAGAAAAUUUGCCAAAAAUAUGGAAAUCACCCUAACCCUUUUUUUGCUACGCUUUACUCAGAAUACCACAGAAUCCCCUUGUACAGUGCAUACAUAUUUAAGCAUAGAACUGGCAAUACACAAGCAAGAAAAGCCCAAUGGUUCAUAGAGCCACAGAUAUCUGGAUUCAAUAACUAUGAAAUGAUGAGCUCAGAAUCAGAAUUCAAUAUUAGUGUUAUAAAGGUAAACCAAGCCAUCAAUGACGACUACAAGGACACAGGAUAUGACCGUGGGCACCUAAACCCCUACAGUUUCCAGGUGGGUGAUGGCCGUGUGGCAACGUUUACACUGACUAACGCUGCACCCAUGGAUGCCUGUUUUAACCGUGUACACUGGAAAGAGUGGGAGACAGAGUUGCGGGAUAUUAUACAAGAAAAGCUCCGUGCUGAUAGAAACAAAGCAACAGCCUACAUUGUCACAGGUACUAUUCCCACUCCAAGUUACAGAAUACCGAAAAAAGGGGAAUUCGAUGAAGAUGAAGAACGUGACCUUGACAGAGUGACGGUUCCCACUCAUGUCUGGACGGCUCUCUGUUACAAACAGUUGGAAAACCUGAAGUAUGUAACUGAGUCAGCAUGUCUGUUGACUAAGGUUACAAGAUCGGAUGUUGAAUGUCAGCAGGUCCUGGAGAAUUCAGAGAUUGGAUCAAAGACUGCAGCUGAUGGGACUCACUGUAAGAGCCCAGUGUCUCCUGUGUACUGUGUAUGUGAAUCGGGGUCCAAGCAUGAUAAGUGUCUGGUCGUCCCAGAGAUAUCAGUUGCUGAGGAGAUGACCACAGCAUAUUAUUGGAGUGGCCUGCGUUGCUGUGACACAGACAGUGGAUUAAUUCCCUAUUGUACCUCCCCCUGCCUGUACAUGGGUGUUCAAAAGGGCUACCUGUGUUACUCAGGGCAGUCCUACAUACAGUGCUCACCCCAGUACUCACUCAUCACUGCUGGAGUCUUUAGUGUUUCCCCUGUUCCUAGACUUGCUGCAUGGCUCAAUGAGCUGACCGUCUAG